GACGCUCCCAUGGAGAGUUGAUCCCUCGCCGCCACCAUGAGGCUCGGCAGCCUGGUCCUGGGCGCGGCCCUCGCGUCAUGCGCGGGGGCGUUCAUCGUGCCUGACCAGCUGGUGUCCCUGCUCACGGUCGUCUACUCCGUCAUCCCACCCAUCAAGAAAGGCUCCGACUCGCGCGUGGGCUUCGGCUACCGGUUCGGCCCCUUCGCAGACUUCCAGGUGCUGCUGGAGCUGGGCCCGCAGUCCGAGACGCAGCCCAUCGGCGGGCAGACGACGCCGAGCAGCAAGCGGCAGGUGGAGCCCUCGGACGAGGACCCCGGCCGCCGCCCCGACAUCCAGCUGCUGGACGGCCCCGAGCAGGUCCUCGACGUGCCCGACCCAGCGCCGCCGAGCAACAGCCGGUCGGCGCGCUCGGGCCCCGCCGGCGUCGUCCCCGGCGCCAACCGCGCCCCACCGCCGCCGCCCCCGGCUGGCACCGACUGGCUGUCGCGGUGGAGGUCCGGCCUGGGCCUCCCGGCGCCCGCGGCUCCGGCACCGGCCCCGGCGGCCGCUAGGGCGUACGUCGACCCCUUCUCCAGGCCCCAGACGCACACCAGGACUGCCCGCCAGCCCGCCGGCUUUGGCUACGGCUACCAGCCGCAGCGCAGGACCGCGCCGACGGAGACCCGGUGGGAGGCCAUGCGCCGCCUGCGCAGCCUGUACUGGGCCGGCCAGCAGGGCUGAGGCCUCGGUGGAGGCCCUGGCUGAGGCCGGCCUGGAGAGGCUCCUGGAGAGUGGGGCUCGGUACCUGGAGCUCACCGCAGUCUUCUCGUGGCGGCGGCUGGAGUUUCUUAACAUGGUAAUGUGAACCGCGACCCACCUCCACUCCAAGGCUGCCGCCCCGGCCGCCCCGGCGCUCCCCACCGCGGGAGCACGUUGGGUUGCCGCCCGCCGGGCGCCGCGUCGCGAGGCGUCGCAUGGGCUGCCGACCCGCCGGGCGCACCAAGGGACCCGCUCCAGAGCACGACGGCCAUCUUGUGCCUGCCUCGGUCAUGCUCGUAGACAACACUCAACACUCAACAUGAUCCUGUGUAUAUUUCGAAAUAAACACUUCUGCUUCCAAA